ACACGUCGGCACUCGGCAGACGCCGAACGAGCUCCUGCGCGCGACUUCGAUACGCCAGCGAGCGCGGUCUGGGAACGCUCACAGCUGACAGGGAAUGCGCCGUGGGACAGUAUCCUCUGGCGCCUUCUUGACAGAGGACAAAGCGGACUGCCUCGAUACAUGACGCGCCUCGAUAGCCUGCGCGGUUACAGCGCGUCAACCGUGGGCGCCCCAGUGCGGAUUACACUGCUUUCGACCGGCCCGUAAUCUCGUCUCCCUCGAAUUGCGCCCAGUUGAGGAAUCCUCGAUCAGGCCAUGCUCCGGACAGCCACUAACGGAGAUCCGCCCUCGUGAGGUCCCGGGAUUCGACCUCGCGACUCUCUAUAAAGGGGUAGGCAGUGGACGGCGACCUACCGCUGCAGCAAAUGUCUCACCUGGAGCAUUUACCGGAACAUCUUGACACCGCUCGAGGAAGAUACAGCGCCCUUCAUCGCAGUACAGACAGGAGAUGCGGAGAAAACCGCCAUCAUUGGCCACCUUGGGGAAGGCGCCUGUCUCAGGUGUUCCUUCGACGCCACUGCUGAUCGCCUUCGUCGUGAUAGUGACAUGGCCGACCUGGGGUGCUUCCACAGUCUGUUACGCCAGCGGACUAAGCAAGGACGUCGGAGAGCCCUCCAAGAUCCAUCAAGGUGACUCUUAUAUCCUACCGCAGAAGCCGAACAAUACCGGCGUCGGUAAACAUAGCGGCAGCGGGUUUUUCCCGCCGAGGUGUCCGCUAACCGACUCGUGCAAGAACCGCUGCGGAGAUCCCUCGGACGAGGAGGAGUAUACGUGCCACUGUGACCCGUCUUGCGUGAAAUACGGCGACUGCUGCGUCGACGUCCGAAGGCACUGCUCGCUGGAGCCCUUGGCAGUCGACCAGCCCUCACUGCGCCCUCCCUGCGUGUACGAAACCGAUUUUCCGCUGGACCAGUCCUUCUACUACGUGUCCACGUGUCCCGACGGCGAAGACCUCAACAGCGACGACGAGGAAGACGACGUAAAGGUUUUGGGCGAAGACGGCAUCGUCUACGCGAAUGACGCGCGCGCUCGUUGCAACGGCGCGACAAAUGCCGUGCCGCUGGCUCUACUGGACGAUACAGAAGCAGAAAGCGGCAACCAUUCGACGCGCUACUUUGUCAGGACCUGCGUGCAGGCCGUUGGCACGUGCAAAAUUAGGAAUACGGUGUUUGGCGAGCGGAACCUGGAAGACUUGUGCGCGGCAUUCCAGGGUCCCGUGAGGUCGUUCCAGACGCCUAACCGGAAGCGGAAGCUCUACAAGAACGCCUACUGCGCGCUCUGCAACGGCGACGUGCCGGACCUUCGCUGUCCUGGCGGCGUGGCGACCUAUAGCCAAAAGGAAAUGGCGAGCUCGCUUUUCCAGGACACCAGAGAGAAGAGCCACGAGGCCACGGACGACAUUCCUUCGGCUUUUUCCAUUGUCCUUAACUUUGGUUUGGACGGAGUGGAGAAAUACAGGUUCUCUUCGGAAAGCAAAGAAACAAUGAUGCUCAAUGAGCAGCGAUGCAAGGAUGGGUUCAUUUGGGAUCCUUUCGCCGAACUUUGCCGGCAACUGUAUUGUGGUACACAGUUCACAUUGGUGAAUUCGAAGUGCAUACAGAAACCCCAGGACAGUGUAGAAAACAAUGUAACUAACGUGUCGCUGUUCAAAGUCAGGAGCGCCAACUAUAGCCGCAUUACGGUCGUCAUGAAUAUCAGUCUUGAUCGUUCCAGUGACGUACGCAUGGAUGACUUAAAGCAUUCCCUCACCAGCAGUUUUGUUGAAUACUACAACAUAUCUAAUGACAGAAUUAAAAACAUGGCCGUCACCAUAUUGUGGGACCCCGAAAAAGUGCACCAAUACCUAGAAAACUCGGACAGCGUGUUAGUUGUUGAAGAGGGUGACUACGCGUUUGAAGACGGCGACGUACCAGACCCUGCUAAUAGCAGCGGUUCGCCAGCGACUUUGAUUACGCACUUCGACCUUUACGAACCCACGAAAGAAGAUAUCGAACCUUCAAUAAGCUCGAUCAUCGAUUCCCUGGCGGGAAGCUUCAGCGUUAACUCGAUUCUGCUCAAAGAACUGAACACGACGGCAGCGGUGAGUAGCGUGCUGUCGAAGCCGCUUGUCCUCGACGACUGGUGCGGCGAGCAGGACGGAGGCAUAUGGCGCGAGUACUGGAACGACGAAUUCGUGUUCUUGCCCAGAACCGAGAACGGCACGGGCAUCGGCAAAGUGUACGUGAACAGGACUGGUCGAGUCUUCAAGACGGGAGACUUCGUGGCCAACGUGCUCAUCCGAGUCACCGGCGACCAGAAAUCGCCUGUGACCACGAACAGCAUCGUGGUCGUGUGCGACCGCGGAACAGGACUUCCCAAGUCGUGUCCCUGCAUCGACUUCAACACGACGCAGGUGAAGAUAUUCGAGAACAACACGCUCGUGCUCUACGCCGGACCUGGCUCUCUUUCCAUCACGUGCCGCCACUACCAGCUCAUGCCCUACGGAAAGGUGUGCCUCUGCUUGGACGAACUGCGACAGGAGCUCAGAAUCCGUGGCCAGCUGUUCGACGGACCAAUCAUGGCCCUCAUCAGUCUCGUGCUGAGCGUCAUAUCGCUGCUGUGCCUCGUGCUCGUGCUAACCACUUACUCGCUGUUCGCCGAGCUUCGCAAUCUUCCGGGAUGGAACAUCAUCUUUCUGACCGGCUCGCUCUUCGUCAUGCAACUGACUUUCCUGCUGAGCCAGCGGCAGUCCGUGCAGGGCGCAGCCUGUAGAGCGGCGGCCAUCGUCUGCCACUACACGGUCAUCAACUCCUUCUUCUGGAUGAACGUCCUAGCUUACGACCUGUACAAGACGUUCCGGACGAGUGGCAGCUCCAUGGGCGGCACACGCAAGGUUUCCCGUCACCUGCCGUUCUACGUGCUGUACGCCUUCGGCACGCCACUCGGUAUCGUGGGUACAUGCUUGGCACUGGACUACUUCGAUACCCUGCUGUCCCCGUCGUAUGGAUUGUUCGGCGUCUGUUGGAUCGUGAACAAACUGUCGGCGCUGGCCUUUUUCGCCGUGCCCGUGGCGGUGCUUCUCCUGCUGAACUUUGUCUUCUACGUCAUGACCGUCUACUCCGUGCAUAGCGUAGCCAGGCAGAAACCGGGCCCCGUCCUGCGUCGCCAUAGCGACAAGGGUCCGGCAACGGCGGCCACGUACGUGCGCAUGGCGACCGGCAUGGGCCUGACCUGGGUGUUCGGCUUCGUCGCGGCUUUCGUGCGCAGCUCAGAAGCUGCGAGGACAGCAUUCACCUACCUGUUCAUCGUGUGCAACACGCUGCAGGGCCUGUUCCUGUUCUACGCGUUCGUGUGCAACCGGAAGACGUACCACCUGUUCAGGGCGCUGUUCUGCAACGUGCGCCGAGGAGCCCGAGCCAAGCUCAGCACUUCCAGCUCCGUCAGCUCCGUCUCGACGGUCACCAGCCAGGCUAGCUUGGCUUCCGUGCGCUCCACGCAGUCGGCACGAACAGCCAACCAAUGAGCCGCCAGCGGCGAGUGCCUCUGAACUUGCGAAACGCGAAAGCGGCGUACGUAGGGCGCAUAUAUGCAAGAUGCAGAGUGUCGAGAACCUGCAGGUAUAUACAGGCGAAUGCACAAUCUACGCGGCGCAGGAUGGAUCAGUGUUGGUAUACAUUGCUAGAAAAGUUCGGAUGGACAAAGACGACAAAGAAGAACGCAGGAUGAGCGCAUUUCUGUCAACGAAAAGGUUUUGUUAGAGACGGGUCAAUGCGUGAAUGAGCGCCUAAUGCAACAAUGCCAUUCUCUGAAAGGGAACGUCAACUUCCUAUUUGUCCCUACAUCGUCGAGAUCGCGCGCGGCUGCCGGACCAAACCAAGAUUCCCUUUAAACACGUGAAACUGUCGAGGCAUUUUUUCCAUUGAAGACAAUUAACAAAAAUACGUGUGUGAGCCAAGAUUCUGUGACGCACCGUAUAUAUGGUGACAUAGCUUCGCUAAGGCCUGUUCUGGGCAGUGGCAGACAAAUCGGAAUGUAAUUCCACCUUCGUCUGCACCGCUGACAGGUUAUGGUCAUUUGGCAUGCGCACACGUUGUGCUUCAUAUUUAUAUGUCAGUCUCCAAUAAAACCCUUUCAGCUAAUUGAUAGAAAGCGCUCCCCCUCUUCGCGCUUUCCUAACAAUGAAUCCACACCAACGUGCCCAAUUCGCCAUUUUGUCGACCAGUGUUGGGCAUCCAGAUAGCUGUACUUCUACUACGAAGUGCUUCGCCUUCCAGACUAAAAGCGGACCAAGCUAGCGCUGCCACGUGGCUAACGUAAAUGAGCCAGAAACUGAUUUCACAAAGCUAUUCGCUUGCAAGAGCCGUCUAUCACUGGCCAGCCACUAUAGCUAAUAAUAUGGCCAACACUUCGAUUACCCAGCACCUACUCAGGAACUGUUCUGGUGCAACAGCUUUUUUUGCUGUUACCAACCCCUUUCGCAGCGUACCAACGGAAAACUUUGUGUUUAGCCGGGAGUUCUUUCCAGGCCUGUAUAGUUCAACCGCGAUAUAUAGGAAAGUCGUCAUUGUUGUUGUCGCAAGCGCAAACACGCACGUGCUCUGCUGCGACGAAAGUUAAGACACUUCUUUGUUGUUGUUUUUAACAUGCUAUGGAAUUUUGCGUGACAUGCUUUUAUAAUAUCGCCGUGCGGCACUAUACUGUACGACUAAGCCACUGCGGAUUCAGACGUAUACGCACUACACGCCACGCAAAAUUGCCGCUGUAACCUAAUGGCAGCCAUCCGCCUUAGUCUUUGAAUCGUUUAUUUUAUUUCGGCGACUGACAGUACGGUGUAAAUAUUUGUGUUAAGCGCAUGUCAGGUGUGCCUCAUUUUGGUCCAGUGGUGUAGAUAGAAGUGGAGCGACACACUGUCUUGACACAACAAUUAUGCUUCUGCAGAUGAGGACGCAGUGUGCCUUUUCGUACAGCGGCCGUGCUAUACUAAUUACUGUGAUCGACUAUGCAUCUGGUUUGUUGGUGUUUUGCAAGUUUUCAAUAAACAAUUAUAUACAUUC